UCCGCUCUUCAUUUCGUCAAUAUGCCACCUCCAGUCUACAGAUACAUAGAAGGGAUACACACGAGCCUCUAUUUCACCGAUGAAAACAUGCGCUCGGCACUGAAAUACAAACCGGAGCCAGAAGACGUGUUCAUAGUGAGCUAUCCCAAAUGUGGGACCACGUGGAUGCAGUACCUUGUGUAUAACAUCUUCAGUGGCGGUGUUCCUCCACAGAACAUGGGAGAGUUCCUUUCGAGGUCGAUCUUCCUCGAAAUGACCGGAAGCCCAGCUGUUAAGAAUAUGUGCCGUCCAGGUUCCAUCAAAACGCACUUCUCGUUCGACAAACAUCCCUAUUCCACACAAGCCAAGUACUUAUACAUCGCAAGGAACCCUUAUGACUGCUGCGUGUCCUUUUACCACCACACGAAGUCAUUUCCUGCGUACUUCUUCGAGACCGGAACCUUCAACGAGUUCUUCCACAUGUUUCUCGAAGGAAAAGUGGACUCUGGAGAUUACUUUGACAACCUGCUGUCCUGGUACGAUCAUCGACGUGACCCUAACGUCCUUUUCUUGACCUACGAAGGUCUCAAGAAGGACACCGAGAGCUGGGUGCUGAAGAUGGCAGACUUCUUGGGCAAAGACUACGGUUCUAAGCUGCGAUGCGAUGCUCAUGCCGUUAAGACUAUAAUACAGAUGUCCAGCAUGGAAACCAUGAAGAAAAUCUUUAGCAGGGAUCAUGCCACACUGGACGAGACCAAUUUGUCUACCGAUGAUAAGUCCAAAAAUCCUUCGGAAUGCUUCGAAGAAUCGGUGCUGGCUGCGAUGAAAAAGCCAAUGACUGGCGACUUUAUACGUAAAGGUAUCGUCGGAGACUGGAGAAACCACUUCUCCGAGGAGCAAAUUGCCAGGAUGAAAAGAUGGAUAGCUGUUAGAACAGCCAGCAGUGACGUCAUGGAACUCUGGAAGGAUGAGGAUCUUCCCUGACCGGACGUUAGGGAACAAUUUUUACCUUUGUCAUAUUAGCGGCAGCUUUUGAGUGUGUGUUAUCUUACAUCAAUUCUGAAAUAAAGAA